CAAAAUUUCUUACUACACAUUAGCAUUCACAUUCUGUUUGCCUUAUUUGCACACUCUGUCAGUAUUUUUUUUAUUCCAUUUUCUUUACUAUUACACCUAUUCGUUUAUGCCAUUCUUCAAUGCUAUGAAAAGCAUACAAACAAUUUAAUAACGCACGUUCAAUAUAAAAUGGGAUGGAAACCAUUUGGCCAUUGUCCAGUCCUUGGUCGCGUUUCUGAAUGAUCAUUAAUUUAUUCCGAUUAAGACAAUUGAUGUCAGACAAUUCUAUGUGCCGGCUGAAAGGCGAAGAUUUUCGAUUUCAUUUCAGUCACUUCAAACGUUGCUUUCGAUGGACGAAUGAUAUACUUUUUGCUCACCAAAUUCUCAGUUCCUGCGAUCUGGGUGCUGGUGUGUUGGUGUACGUCGCUGUUAAUUUUGCUACCAGCGAUUAUCAAUCUUUUUUCUUCUUUUCCAUCGAAGGGUAGGUAAAGGGAAUGGCGUGAUAAGCGGAAGAAGUAACCAAUCUCCCGCAAUGGAGCUAACAUGCCUCAACGUCUGUAAAAUGCGUAUGUGCGCGUAGUUUAGUGUGGCAAGCUAAUAUAAUACAUUUGCACAAUGGUGCUAUCAGUUGGAAGUCGUCCGAACUGUUAGACGGUCGUGGAUUCGGUAUGCCGUUUUGCAACGUCCUCCUCCUGUGAUAAUAAACCUGCUGGAGGUUGCUUCUUUUUUUUGUCGUAACGUUGCUGGAGAGUUUCAUCUCGUCUGGCACACGACAGUCCAUUCUGUCGCGGGCUACCGAAUGUCCAUAGAGCAGUGUGCCAUUCAGCCAACCAGCAUCAAGAAAGGGCAACGGGCAACUUGCGCUGGCUGAUAACAGACACGACGGCCACCACGCACACCAGCGAAAGAGAUUGUUCCUACACACACUGUACCGGGUUGAUUUCUAUGCGCAAAAGAUUCGAACAAGUGUCCUCUUGAAGCAACGAAAAAAAAGAAGCAGUACACAACCAGGACCAGGCAGUUCAUCGGUUUCCUGGGUUAUCUUUCGAUGUCUCGAUCGAUCGGCAGAACGCAGGGUACGUGUUCCAGAGCGUAGCGACAGGUGGUUCAGUGCGGGACGUUGGUGCACGGUUGCUGAUAGAUAAUACCGAAGACAUUUGCUUCGUGGUACGUUUUCGUCUCUAAAACAACGCUACACCACAAAAUGGAUGUCGUCUACACUUCGGACAGCUGCGAUAGCGACUCGCGCGAGCAGAAAACGGUCGAUCUGGGCCAUUCGAACAAGCGGCAUCUCGAUGACGAUCUGUUGCGCGUUUCCAAGUCGAAGAAGCUGGCCGAAGAUAUCGAAACAGUGCUGCUCAAUCACAACAAGCUGAUAAGAGUGCCGCUGUCGCUCGCCGACUUUACUAAUUUGAAGGUGCUGGAUCUAAGCAACAAUCGCCUGGAGGAACUCCCCGAGGUGAUCACGCAAUGCCAGCUAACGACGCUGAUCGUGAAGAACAAUCUGCUGACGGAUAAGUCGCUGCCAAAAUCAUUGCUAGCGGCUGCCGGAAGCGGUCUCAAGGAGCUGAAUUUAAGCGGCAACCGAUUCGGGCACUUUCCCGAACAAGUGAUUGAGCUGCGUUCUCUUAAAUAUCUUUACCUAGGCGGCAAUCAGAUCACCAACGUUUCAAAGGACAUAUGGAAGCUGCAAAACUUGCAGCUGCUUUCGCUCGGUGGGAACCUUAUUUCCGAGAUCCCGGAGACCGUCGGUCUGCUCAACCAUCUGCACGCCCUCGUCCUCUGUGAUAAUCUGUUGGAGAUGCUACCCGCAUCCAUUGCGCGACUGGUCAAUCUGAAGUCGUUACUAUUGCACAAAAAUCGUUUAAGACAUUUGCCGCGGGAGAUUAUAACGUUGCGAAACCUAACUGAGCUGAGUCUGCGCGAUAAUCCGUUGGUCGUGCGCUUCGUUAAGGAUAUGACAUUGAAUCCACCAAGCUUGUUGGAACUCGCCGGACGUGCUGUGAAAACCUGUGCCAUUCGUUAUGGAGCGGAAGAUUUACCGCGUACUUUGAUCGAAUACCUCCAAACGGCGAACUGCUGCGUCAACCCAAACUGCAAAGGCGUGUUUUUCGACAAUCGGGUAGAACAUAUCAAGUUCGUCGACUUCUGUGGCAAAUACCGUAUUCCUUUGUUGCAGUAUUUAUGCUCCUCAAAAUGCGUUGCGGACACAAGCUCGUCGGAUCCGGGCAGCGAGCCGAGCAGUAGCAUGAUGCGUAAAGUUUUACUCGGUUAGCUGGAGGUUAUGUUUCAAUGUCGAAGGUACAAAUUGUUAGAGCUUAUAGCCAAAUAGCGCCAUACACGGGUGGACAAUCAUAGUACGACUAACUAUAUUCUGCAGCUAUGUUUCACAUCCCUGCAUUGCAAAAAAAAAACAAAAAAAAAACAGAACAAGUUGAUUGUUGUCCAAUACUAUAGUGCUACUGCAGUUACAACUAGCUGCAACUGCUUGUUGAAAAUCCACUUUGUGGUAAAAUUGAGAUCGAAUUUAGAGGAGGCACGGUGUAGAAUGUGGUGGCAAACAGCAGUAGAUGCGGCAGAAAAUCAGCAUUCUUAGCAUCAUUUUCAUAUCGUAAAGCAGACGACCGCGACACCUCUUGGAAAGAUAAUGUGAUUUGCUCCAAGAGCAGCUAGACGGAAUGCACUAAUAUUUACAAUAUACGCAUGAAAAAAAAAAUGGUUGAUUCGAAAAGAAACACGAAGAAGAA